UGAGAUAAUUCAUUCAGUGACAUCCUAGAAAAUUCCUUUGUUGGCUCUUUGCCCUAUUUCUCUCACUUACCUUCUCUUCCUCCUCAUCUCAACUCAACUAUGGAACCCACCACCUCUUCUAACAGCUCCCCUCCUCUUCUCCAACCCUUUCCUCAGUAAAACCCAUCUCUCUCAUCCUGCUACCAAGAUUAAAUUUAGGGUUUGAGAGGCUGUUUCGAUUUUUACACAGUUGAAAGAGACGAAAUUGCAAUGUUGCCUUGUGGUCUUGGUGAAUGGCGGAAGAAGAAUUUGACUGGUUUUGAGUUUUGCGGUACCGAACAUGAGGGGAAGGGAUAGGAAAACAAUUAUUUGGUUACGUGGCAAUUUUAUAUUGGUUUACCGUAAAAUUGGAGUUCACCGUGCGUCCGUGUAUAACUUAAUAGGGAUGGAGAGAGAAGAUCUCCCUCACGAUUUCAAGGAAUAUGUGGACACUGAACUCAACUGGUUGCCAUUGAAGUGCGUUGACAAAGUCGUUGGAGGGGUUUUCUGGAGCCGAGGAGACGACAUACCCCUACGUCCUCGGCCGACUGUUCCUGCCGAUAUUAAUUUGGAGUUGAAAAAGAAGAUCAGAGAUGUGCUUUACAGCAUUUUACAGCAUUGGCUUGAUUAUGCGAUACUGGUUCAAUUUUGGGCACCCAUAACAGAAGAGAGGCAGUCUUUUCUUACAACUCAAAACCAACCUUUCGCUCUAGUAUCGGCUUAUGUUUAUAACGUUGUUAAAUUCUUAGUUCCGGAUCCACUUGAUGUUUUGGGACUUUGUCAGUAUAGGAUGAUAUCUAAAUAUAAUAAAUUUGUCGUGGAUUUAGAUGGGGAGAGUUCAGAAGAACACUUUGGGCUUCCUGGCCGAGUGUUCAAGAAUCAAUUUCCCGAAUCCACUCCCCUUGAUAAUUUUUUUUAA